AUGCAGGAGCGCUUCGGCCUAAGGCCGAGAGAGGAAACAACUAUGUAUCGACGCCCAUACCCAGAGUGGUUUGAGAGGGUGGUGUUACCACACCGGUACAAGGUACCUAAUUUCUCCAAGUUCUCGGGACAAGAUGGCACAUCAACCAUCAAGCAUGUCAGCCGAUUCUUGGCCCAGUGUGGCGAAGCAUCGGCUGAAGAUGCGCUAAAAGUGCGUUCCUUCCCGCUUUCACUGUCCGGAUCGGCUUUCCCCUGGUUCUCGUCCUUGCCGCCAAAUUUGGUCAAGAGCUGGGCCGAUCUCGAGAAACAGUUCCACAAAUACUUCUUCGCGGGGGUGCAGGAAAUGACGUUGACCGAUCUCACCACAGUCAAACAAAAAAUAGAUGAAUCGGUCCAUGACUACGUCCAGAGAUUCCGCAACGUGAGAAGCCGAUUCUAUCGGCUAAACUUCAGCGACCAGCCGUUGGCCGAGUUGGCAUUCCAGGGCUUGCUCGGCCAAAUUAGGGAAAAAUUCUCGGCCCAAGAAUUCGAAAGUUUGGCACAUCUCGCGCAAAAAGUGUCAGCCCAUGAGAUCCGAUACCAAGAAGCCAGGAAGGAAAAGUUCCAGUGCCGCGUCACCUAUCUAGCUAAAGAAUCAUCGGACUCCGACAUCGAAGAAUCUGACAUAGGACUGGCACAGUGGACUAGAAAUAAAAAGCCGGUAAAUUGUCCCUGGGUCAAAGGGGCAAAAGAGACAGAAAAGUUUGACUUCGAUGUCAACAAGGCCGACAUGAUCUUCGACCUCCUGCUGCAAGAGAAGCCCAUCCAACUGCCAGCAGGGCAUGUCAUACCAUCGGCUAAAGAACUGAAAAAGAAGAAGUUCUGCAAAUGGCAUAAUUCUGUCUCUCACCACACAAACGACUGUCAGAUCUUCCGACGUCAAAUUCAAAUGGCGGUCAAGCAAGGUCGCUUCAAGUUUGAAGAAACCAAGAAGCCGAUGAAGAUUGACGGACAUCCGUUCCCCGUCAACAUGGUCCAACCUGACAUCAGCUAUGGGCCAAGCAGCAGUUUGAGGAAACGUCCGGGUACAAACAAUAUCACCUCUACUUCAAUGAUGAACAGGUACCACCGGUGCUUUGAAAUGAGCCAGAGGCACGACGGGCCGUCCCGAUACGAUGACCAUUAG